UGAAAUGGAGGGAGUAACUAAAGGCACAACCCCACUAGAGGUCUUUCUCCGUAGAGUAUGGCAUCCAAUCAAUUCAUCAAUCAAGCCCACCAGUACCAUACGCCAUCUUGUUUCUCACCUCGAACCGGUCCUCUUCCCCAUCUCCGAUUAUUUCUCUAUGGUGCCUUCACCUCUCCUCCAUCAUUCUCCUUUCUAGCAGCUCAUUCGCCGGAUCUACCCCAGCUACCACCCGAACCCUACGGAUAGCAAUUCCCCUAGCCACAUCAGCAAUUCGUCUACGUGGUAGUGUAUUUAUUGCUAUGGAAACUAUCCUCGUCACUGCGUUGGGACUGCCCUGAUACGUGAGAUGAGUUUCAUGAGACGCGCAGUUAUCUAGUUCUCAAUCUUAAUAAUUAUGUAAUAAAACUGUACACUGAGACUGGCCUUAAAAGAAGACUUGAGACUUGGGUCUUGGGUCAGUGGUGAGUGAGUGGUGACUUCAGCGCAUCUUUCCCAUGCACGGCAACCACAAGACUACCUGCAUGAAAGGUAAAAGUACAAUGCACCGGCAAUUUUCGAUCUCGUACUUCUGCGCAAGUAAACUGUUCAACUCUUCCACCAAAAUCUGCCUCGCCAUGCAUCACUCCUCCACAUCACCAUAGAUUCCUGCUACAGCUAUCAUUUUAUCUGUUGCCAGGCUGUUCCUCUGCUCCCCAUCGCACUCAACCAGUGUUCGAUCACCAUGAUAUGCAAAGAUGUGUUCACUUUUGAAGAUUGUCGAAAUGCCCAGUCAAACAUUUCGGCAGCUACAGUCAACACAGCCACACAGUGACACAGGACGCGCGGGCCCACCUUCGCUAUUUAGUCGGUCACUUUAGCGGUUGUGCCUCAUGUGCUCCCAUCACCGAUUCACCCCUUUGUUCGUUUCGUCGCUACUGCAAUAGUCUAAACCUUCCCACUCUUCUCCGAUGGCUCCGUCCUUGCUGCUCUUCCUCGUCUCGUCGGUGCCGCUGAUUCUUGCUGCCGGAGAAGAGCACUGCCCGACCGUGCCAGUGGCAUGCGGCAAAGUCAACAUCACCUUCCCGUUCGCGAUCGUCCCGGAUGAGGCCACGGAGACCAGCUGCGGUUUGAUUGGGUUCCAGGUUCGUUGCUCGAACAACACCCCGUACCUCGGCUACCAUAAUGGGCUCUACGGACACCAGUUCCAGAUCCUCGACAUCUUCUACAACAACGCCUCCUUGCUCCUUGCCGAUGUCCACAAGCUCCAAGACUUCAAUAACUCUGCUUCGGAAAAAUGCCACGCCCCGACGAACAACAGCUCCAACAAUCUCGGUAUUCCGUUCUCGAUCAGCCCUAUUAACCAGAACCUGAUCUUCUACAACUGCACGAAGCCCCUGUCGGAGGAGGAGAGGUGGAGCCGCGGGCUUGUGGAGACGACCUGCGGGAACAUGACGUUCGUUCGCGUCGCCGGGCGUUCCGACGGCUUGGGAAGCUACGACAGCUACUUUUUGGAGGGCUGCAACUCUACCGUCGUGCCGGUGCUUGCGAGGUAUGGCCAUGCGAACGCGAGCAACUACAAAGAGCUCAUCAGCGAUGGCUUCGUCUUGACAUGGGAGGCGCCACUGAAGUCAGGAGGAAGCAAUAGGAAAAAGAUAGUCAGUAUCAUUUCGAUGACAGUAGCUGCAAGCUUGCUCCUACCAUGUAUAUAUAUGCUUGUAUGGCAUGGAAAGAGAGGAAAGCUACAUUUUUUCCUAUGUGAAAAGACUAGCAAAAGCACUGAAAGGAACAUUGAGGCCCUAAUAGUUUUGCAUGGAUCCCUAGCUCCAAAAAGAUACAAGUACUCACAAGUAACAAAGAUAACGUCUUCCUUUAGUGAUAAGCUUGGGGAAGGUGGUUAUGGUUCGGUUUUCAAAGGAAGGCUAGAUGAUGGUCAUCAAGUUGCUGUGAAAUUCUUACACGACUCCAAAGGAGAAGGGGAGGAUUUUGUUAACGAGGUUAUGAGCAUUGGCAGGACCUCUCAUGUUAAUAUUGUUAGCUUAUUUGGGUUUUGUUUGGAAGGCUCAAAGCGGGCCCUAAUAUAUGAGUACAUGCCCAAUGGUUCUUUGGAUAAGUUCAUAUACUCAGAGAGUCCUAAAGCAGUUUUAGGAUGGGAUAAGCUCUACACAAUAGCGAUUGGAAUUGCUCGAGGAUUGGAAUACUUGCAUCAUAGUUGUAAUACACGCAUUGUCCAUUUUGAUAUCAAGCCUCAAAAUAUCCUUCUAGAUGAGGAUUUUCACCCAAAGGUUGCUGAUUUUGGUUUAGCCAAAUUGUGUCAUACCAAGGAGAGCAAGCUUUCUAUGACUGGUGCUAGAGGAACAGUUGGUUUUAUUGCUCCUGAAGUUCACUCUCGAACCUUUGGAGUUGUUUCAACAAAAUCAGAUGUUUAUAGUUAUGGAAUGAUGUUAUUAGAGAUGGUUGGAGGCAGAAAAAAUGUGAAAUCAGUUGCUCAGAAAUCAAGUGAAAAGUAUUUUCCACAUUGGAUUUAUGAUCGUGUUAGACAAGGUGAUGGAUUACAAGCAUGUGAGGUCUCAAGUGAAAAUGAAGGAAUAGCCAAAAAGAUGAGUGUGAUUGGCUUGUGGUGCAUCCAAAUACUACCAAUGCAUCGCCCUACAAUAGCAAAGGUUUUGGAAAUGUUUGAGCGAGGUUUAGAUGAUUUGGACAUGCCACCGAGACAAAACUUCAGCCAAAUUCUCGAAGAUCCAUGUUGCAAUUUGAAUGCAGAAAGCACGAGUACAAGAAGUGGUACCAAAACUCAAGUUUUUAGCGAAGUGCUAAAAAUGAAGGAGAUGAGCGUUGUGAAUUCAAAAAGUUUACAUCGGUUACCAACUCUGUGACAAGGUUACCUAGCAUUGGAAUUAUGCACUGAACUUAUGCAUCUAUAUGAGCUAGGGUAGAAAUCUUAAGUUACUCUGAUACUUGUCUCAAAAGAAACAUGCUCACUAUACUAUUUUGCAUUCAAAGUCAUUAAGGCCCCAAGAAGGAAAGUUUUGCAACUAUGCAUACGAUAUUUUGACAUAA